AUGGCAAUUUUCAUGUCAAAAAGGAGAUCUAAACUUUCCAGAAAAGAUGAAACAAAACAAUGUUGUUUCUGUUAUUCCUAUUUGUUCAAGAUUCUGUAUCGAAUCCCCUUUGCGGUUUUCCUUUUGAUCCUUAUCUUUGUUUGGUCAUCCUCUGCUACUAUCAUCUCAGGCAAUGUUGUUCGUGUUUGUGUAUCCUCCCGGAAGCUCAGUAAUCUUUAUUGCCUCUCUGCGGGUACUGAAGGGAAUUUUGAAAUCCCGGUUCCAAGGAAUAAUUUUACGAACUCCAAUGACGAUUCCAAUGUCAAAGAUUUUGUCAAUGUGUUUCAAGACAAGACAGAUCCAGCUAUCAGAACCCAUGUUUACAAUGAUGCAGAGGAUGAGGCUGAACUGGCUAAGAAGGUUGUUGAAGAUAUUUUACAUGAGCAUCGAUCCUGGAGGGCAGACAAGAAUGUUGCAACUUGUGAAGGGAGGGGAAUUUAUGUGUAUGAUUUGCCUACUAAAUUCAAUAAGGAUUUAGUAGGUCAAUGUGAUGAUAUGAUGCCAUGGUCAAACUUUUGCAAGUUUUUCAAUAAUGAUGCUUUCGGUGAAGCCAUUCCAGAGCUUGGUCAAGGAUGGUUCAACACUCAUCAGUAUGCUCUAGAGCUAAUUUUUCAUAAAAAAGUUUUGAAGCAUCCCUGCAGGGUUUAUAAUGAAAAUGAAGCCAAACUUUUUUAUGUGCCAUAUUAUGGUGGCUUAGAUAUACUGAGGUGGCAUUUCAAAAAUAUCUCUUAUGAUGUUAAAGAUUCUCUAUCACUAGAGUUGGUGAAAUGGCUUGAGUCCAAAAAGUCAUGGAUUCAACAUUCUGGUAAGGAUCAUGUAUUUGUCUUGGGAAAAAUUUCGUGGGAUUUCAGGAGAGUAAAUACUUCAUGGGGUACAAGGUUGUUAGAGCUUGAUCAAAUGCAAAAUCCAAUAAAGCUCUUGAUCGAAAGGCAGCCAUGGCAUGCAAAUGACAUCGGAAUUCCUCAUCCUACUUACUUCCACCCUCGUUCAGAUGAUGAUAUUGUCAACUGGCAACACAAGGUUAUCCGGUCACAACGUAAGAGCCUAGUCAGUUUUGCCGGGGGAGCAAGGCUCGGUCAUCCAGAGAAUAUAAGGUCGAUACUAAUCAAUCAGUGCACUUCUUCACAUAGUGAGACUUGUAAGUUCUUAAAUUGUAGUUCAGGUGCAUGUGACAAGCCCAAGCCAGUUAUAGAUCUGUUCAUGGAAUCCGAAUUCUGCUUACAGCCUUCCGGGGAUAGUCCAACAAGAAAAUCAGUCUUUGAUUCACUUAUUUCAGGUUGCAUUCCUGUACUUUUUGAUCCUUUUACCGCAUAUUAUCAAUAUCCGUGGCAUUUACCAGAGGAUCAUACUAAAUAUUCAGUGUUUGUAGACCAAGAGGAGGUGAGGAAAAUGAAGGUAAAUGUGAUAGAGAGGCUGAUGAAGGUUUCAGAAAAGGAAAAAGAGAACAUGAGGAGGUAUAUAGUAUAUGAAUUAUUACCAGGGUUGGUAUAUGGAGAUUUAGAUUCUAAGCUCGACAAGUUUCAGGAUGCAUUCUCAAUUACCAUGAACAAUCUGGUUGAGAGGGUGAACACAUUGGUUUAA